AUGCGCCGGAAUAGACUGGGAAAAGAGGACUGGGUUAGCAUCAAAUGGCAGCCUGGAAAGAUAACCCACACCUUUCAGAAAGAUGCCACCAGUUGUGGAGCCUUUGUCAUGCAGAUGGCCAAGAUGACAGUGAAGGAAUUUCCCAAAAUUCCAAAGACGUUUCACAUCAAGUCAUCACAACAAUGUCUUCAUCUACGAAGAGACAUGGCAGAAGAAAUUCUCAGAGGAUCAGUUUCAAAGGAUGACUUCUGUUCCUUCUGUGGAAUUGAGGACCUGCCCACAACUGCUGUUCAUGCUGUUUGGAUUCAGUGUGAAACUUGUGGGAGAUGGUUUCACACGCAGUGCCUCGGAAUGACUGCUGCACGAAUACCCAAAGAAAAUACCCCGUG